CCCGCAGGAAGAUCAUGCCCCCGUCAUCACCGUCGACGGCGAGACAUGGCAUCGCCGACUCGCGGCUUCUCCUUCUUCCUCCUGGCGCUUGCUCUCUCCCUCCACGCGGCAUGCUGUGGAAGGCCCAUGAGGAAAGACCUCGGCCUCAACUUGGGCGGCGGGUUGGGCCUCAACGCCGGACUCGGCCUGGGACUUGGUCUGGACGGAGGCGGCAGCGGCUCCAGUUCGGGGAUGGGCUACGGAUCGUGGUCCGGACCCAAUGGUCGUGACUGUCGUUCAUCUGGUUGCAGCGGCAAUGAAGCGUCGUUUGGUGCAAAUGGCGGUGGCUCGGCCGCCGCUGGAAAUGGAUUUGGGUUUGCUUCGGGGUCGAACAACUGUGGCUCCGGCAACUGCGGCGGUGGUUCUAAUUUCGCCGGGUCAGGUGGCGGCUCAACCUCCGGUUCAGGUAGCGGGGUUGGGUUCGCUUCCGGCUCGGGCAACUGUGGGUCUGGUUGUGGCGGGGCGUCCUCUACAAACGGAGGCGGUUCAGCGGCUGCUAAUAGCGGCGUCGGUGCCGGUGUCGGAGUAGGUUCCUCCGCCGGCGGAGCUAGGGCGGCCGGUUCAAGUGCUACCGGCUCAGCUGGUGGUUCCGACUGCAACUCCUCACCCACCGGCGUCGGUUCAUUUGCUGGCUCCGGUUCCAGCUCAAGCGCGGGCGUGCAGGGCGCCGGUUCGUGGUCCGGUUCGGGAAGCCACGCGAGUUCUUCCUCCGGAGCAAGCAACGGCGGUGCGUGGUCUGGCUCCAAUAGCGGAUCUCAUGCCGCCGCAUCUGGAUCCGGUUCGUCAUCGUCGUCCGUGGCUGGGUCUGGUUCCAGUUCGUGGUCCGCUUCGGGUGGAGGCUCGAGCGGUCCUGGCUCGACGACGUCGGCUUCGAACAGCGGAUCCUACUCUUCCUCCUCUUCCAUUAAUGGCGGCGGUCCACCUGGUUUGGGUUUCGGGUUCACGAACCCGUGGCCAGGUUACGUUGGCUAUGGACAAGGGAGUGGCUCAAGGUUUGCUCCAGGACAUGGCUACAAGAAGGAAGCACGGCACGGCACGGCACGGCACGGCACGGCACGGCACGCACGGACUCUUCAGUCACUCUCUAAUUUGCAUGUAAUGGCUGAUUAUAAUAAUUAAGGUCAUGGCAAUGGAUUCCCUAAA